UCCGACGCUGGUACGGAGAAGUCACUUUAACAUGGAAACCUCUGCCUCAUUGAAUUCAGGGUUUAAUGUACUUGAAGCUCUGCGGUUCCUUUUACAGCUUUUUUUAUUUAUACAUUAUUUUUUUUUUUUUUGUAUACUGCAUUGAAAAAUGUCCUUGACUUCCCCCCAGAUUCCUUCCUGCUCCUGCUGUGCAGUGGAUCCAUGGCAGACAGGAGGGUUUGGGAGGUUUGUGCUCACCAGGUGUUGCGUGGGAGACGCUGACCUUGGAGCAGUGCUGUCCCUUUGCUUCCCAUCCCCAUCAGCUUUCCCCACCAUUUCUCUUUGUGUAGCAAAAACAUUUGCACUUAAGAUACACUCCUACACGUUGGAUGUAUUCCCAGUGUUGUUCUGAGGGAAAAAGGAGGAAGAGAAAAAGGCAAAAACAGGAAGAAAAGAAAUGAUGUUCCCUGUGAUACUGUAUUUCCCAGUGAGCAGCUCAGGUCUGUGUUCCCCUGGGGAGCUGGGGAGCUGGAACUGUGCUUUGUGUAGGGGAUUUCUGUGCUUAAUGUGAAUAAAAAAGGGAAAACGUGUGAAUUUGCCAAAGCCAUUUACCACUCCCUGUGCCCCGGGGCUGUGCCACCACCAGCUCCAGGGACAGGCAGCUGCCUGGGGUCCCUCUGGGGGGAUCUGGAUCUGGAGGUGCCAACUGCAUGGGGGUCCCUCUGGAGAUGCCAGCUGCAUGGGGGUCCCUCUAGGGGGAUCUGGAUCUGAAUCUGGAGAUGCCAGCUGCCUGGGGUCCCUCUGAGAUGCCAUCUGCAUGGGUUCCUCUGAGAGGCCAUCUACAUGGGUCCCUCUGGAGAUGCCAGCUGCCUGGGGUGCCUCUGGAAAUGCCAGCUGCCUGGGGUGCCUCUGGAGAUCUCAGCUGCCUGGGGUGCCUCUGGAGAUCUCAGCUGCCUCUGGAGAUGCCACUGUUUGUAAGUUCAGUGGGUUCUUGCCUGGGGUCCCACCUUGCAGCUCUCUCUCGCUGUUGGGUCACAACCAGGCCGGACAAACCCCUACACUCCCUGUUCCAGGUGGAUCUGUAUCUCAUUUUGGUGUCACUUUUCCACCAAGCCCCCCAGGUGAUCCUGUCCCAUCUGAGCCAGGGGUUGGGGGUUGCAUUUGGGGUGCUCUGAGGACCCCAGCCCGUCUGUCUCCACACCAGUGAUGUUGCACAACGCAGAUCCCCGCGGAUCCGUUCUCCAUCCCCACGUGCUCUGUAAGAUGGACCUUUGUAGAGUCGUUCUUUCUGUAGACUUUGUUUAUCUGUAACAAACUUUGUAGAUUCUGUGAAAUGUUAUUUUAAGGAAAUCACUCGAGUCUUUAAUAGCGAAGCGUCGAUAUUCACCGGAGUUGGUUUGGAAGAGUUUUUGGACGCAGAUUCAGCCCUGGCACUACGAGGAGUGUCUGAUUCCACGGGGCAUUACUGUAUCAUGACUUGAUGUUGCCGCAUAGACUUUGAGAUAUCCAAUAUUUUGGGGGGUUUGUGUUGGCCUCUGUCCUCUUGCAUAGUGUGAAGCCUGUAAAGCUGGUUCCCUGUACAUAGAUAGCUCCUGUCCUCUAGGUAGAGCGUAUCGAGACUUGCCUGUAAUAUUUUAGCUUCUUACUGACUGUGUGUGAUGGUAGAACAUAUAAUUUUUGUACAUUCUAUUUACUGAGAUGUUGCCUUUUUUUUUUUCUUAUUUUAUUUUACAAAUACUCUGGAAUUCAGAUGUGGGUUUUGGUUUGGUUUUUUUUUUUUUUUUUUGCUUUAUUUUCUUUUUUUUUUUUUCCCCUUUUCCAUAAGGAAAAAUUUUUAAUGACAUUCCACUGAUCUGAAAAUUAUUUUUUUGGGUUGUUUUUUUUUUUUUUUUUUUUUGUUUUUUUGCUUGAGGUUGACUUCAAUAAAUCGUUCUGAAUGUUCCAAUGAUGAGAUGACUCAGUUCCGUCUACGGGGCGGGGCGGGACGCGGGGAGGGAUAACGGGACUCGCCGCGCUCCGCUCCGAGCCGCGCCGUGGCCAUGCGGAGAUCGGAGCUGGCUCUCGAUGCCGGGCUGCGGGUGCUGCUCCUCGCCACCUUCGGGAUCAUGGAGUUCCUGCCGCCCUUCCAGCGCGUGGUGCAGCCCGAGGAGAUGUGGCUCUACAAACAUCCCUACGUGGAAGCGGAUCACGUCCCCACGGUCUUCAUGUUUUUCAUCGCAUUUCUGUCUCCCUUGUUGCUCAUCCUCCUGGCGAGGCUGUGCAUGGGCGCUGACCACGAGGACACGAGGGAAGCCUGCCUUGCUGCCAGCCUUGCUCUUGCCCUGAACGGGGUUUUCACAAACGCCCUGAAGCUCGUGGUGGGGAGGCCACGACCCGACUUCUUCCACCGCUGCUUCCCCGACGGCCGCGCCAACGCGGAGCUGCUGUGCACGGGGGACGCCCGCAGGGUGAGUGAGGGCAGGAAGAGCUUCCCCAGCGGCCACGCGUCCUUUGCCUUUGCUGGCCUUGCCUUCUCUGCCUUCUACCUGGCAGGGAAGCUGCACAGCUUCGUCCCGGGCCGGGGGGGCCGGGCCCUGCGCUUCUGUGCCUUCCUCCUGCCCCUCUUCCUCGCCACCCUCAUCGCCGUGUCCCGCACCUGCGACUACAAACACCACUGGGAAGAUGUGUUGGCUGGCUCAGCGAUGGGUUUGCUGCUGGCAUACCUGUGCUACAGGCAGUACUACCCUCCCCUGACAGACACCACGUGCCACAAACCAUCCCUGGCCAAGCCCAAAGCGCUGCCAGGGCACGAGGAGAAGCCUCCAGCAGCUCCCAGCUUCCACAUGAACAUUUAGUGCCAGGCUCUGUCCUGCCUCUCUCUCCCUGGGUGCCAGGGCAGGGGGAGGCUGGGGGGAGGCUGCUCAGGAGCAGUGAGGAUGAAGCCCUGGGCAGGUGUUCCCUGCUGAGCUGGUGAGUUCCCUGCCCUGGCCCUUGUGUUGCUGCAUUUCAUUGGAUUUUUAGGCCACCCCUUCUUCAGGCCCGCUGUGAAAUGAGGGGGGCACUCAAGGUGCCAACCUGCACGGAGACAGCUGGGUGUGAAGGUCCUGAACACAACUGGGAGAAUGGCACAGCCCAGGGUGCCCAGUCUGGUGGAAGCUCUUGUGUCCAGCCCAGGAAGCACCAUUGGCCACCUCUCUGCACUCCAGCUGAGCUGUCCCAGCCCUUCUCCUGGGAAAUGAAGCGCAGGACCUGCCAACUUUGAGCUUUUCUAAUGUCCCAAAUAAAGGAGUUUAAUUUUUGUAAUGA